AUCCCUCAAAUAUCCCCUCUCAUAUGAUUCUCCCUAUUUAUUAUAUUUUCGACUACAUUAAUUUUAUUUAAUCAAAUAAACUUUUUUUCAUUCAAACCAAACCUUAUUAAAAGAGCAGAAAAAAGAACAAUUGAUAUAAAGAACUUAAAUUGAAAAUGAUAA